GGCGAUGUAGACAUCAAUAGCCUCGAUAUGCCAGUGCACGUCGUAGCAACAGCUGUAAAAACGUUUUUUGGUUGCCUUGCUGAGCCGCUGAUCCCCUUAGAUCUGCACGAAGAUAUCCUCGUCACUGUGGAUGGGGCUGAUCAAAAUUUAGAUGUCAUUGAACGGCUUCGCUCGGUUAUGGGUAGGAUGACGCCUGUGAACCGAGAGGUGUUGUUAUUCUUCACAUCACAUUUGCAAAAGGUCGCUUCCUCACCCAGCACUGCGAUGGACUAUCAUAAUUUAUCCAAAGUGCUAUUUCCAACGCUGUUCAGGCCACAAUUUAACGACUUCAUCGAGAUGUCAACGGGCACAGCGAAAUUCCAGCGAGCCGCCGAAGUCAUACUACAAAAUGCACAUGACAUCUUUCAAGCCAAUCAAGCAGAUGCGAAUCGGGUCUAA